AUGUGGACUAAGUACGCGCUAUUAUUGCUCGGUUUGGCUAGCGUGGUUCAUUGCUACCCUCAAGGACGUGUUGUCAAUGGCACUGCUACUACGGUGGAACAAUUUCCAUAUAUUGUAUCCCUGCGCGGUUCAACCGGAUCGCAUUCCUGCGGUGCCAGCAUUAUCGCACCACGUUGGAUACUCACGGCAGCGCAUUGCGUUUCCGGCGCAACAGCUAGUCGCAUCAGCAUACAAUUCGCUUCGACAGUUCUUGAUGCUAAAAGCACGAAUGUGGCGAAGGUGAAGCGGAUCGUGGUACACGAAAACUAUUCAUCCUGGUACAUUAUAAAUGAUAUUGCCCUGUUGGAGUUGAAUGGUCAGUUGGUGUACAACUACAAAACUAUUGCGCCGGUAACGUUGCCCGCACAGGGCUUUGAGAUACCACAGGUGCCGGAGGGUGUGCCCGGUGUGUUGGCUGGUUGGGGCCGAAAUUAUACCAAUGGUCCUGUGCAGUCAACUCUGCAAGAGGUAGAUCUGAAAAUCUACUCAGACGAGGAGUGUCUUGCGCGUCAUCAGAACGCGACCACUGUUGACAACAUUUGCGGUGGUGUAGACGAAGGCUGGAAGGGUCAAUGUAAUGGCGAUUCUGGUGGUCCACUGCUCUCUGAAGGACACGUCCAAUUGGGCAUUGUUUCAUGGAGUAUAAAACCGUGCGGUACACCGCCAUAUCCGGGUGUAUACACCAAAGUGUCGCAUUAUGUUGAUUGGAUUAAGGAGAACUGUGACUCAUGCAUUUGAAAAGAAUUUAUUUUUAAAAAAAGAGUAAAUGUUUAGAUUUGCAAAUAAAGAUACAGGUCAUGGGGAUUAACGUCAUAUAGUCAAG